ACCCUAAUGUACCUGAAUUCCCUGCAGGCUUGAAUCCACCUAAAGGAUUUAAACAAAUUCUCACUAAAGAUGGACCAGAAGCUUUUGCAAAGGCAGUUCGAGACCAUAAGGGACUUUUGUUAAUGGACACAACAAUGAGAGAUGCACAUCAAUCUCUUUUGGCCACUAGAGUCAGAUCCCAUGAUAUUCUACGUAUUGCUCCAUGGGUGUCACAAAGUUUCCCAGGUUUAUAUUCAUUGGAAAACUGGGGUGGAGCUACAUUUGAUGUUGCACUUCGAUUCUUACAUGAAUGUCCAUGGGAAAGAUUAGCAGACAUGAGAUCAUUUCUAAUUCUUGUCUCUGUUGUGGUGAUACUCUAUGGGGCGCAUUAA